UUCCUUUAUAAUUAUAACUCCAACUCUCUACGUUAAUUAAUAAAAUGCUAUAAUAACUAAAUAUAUAUGUUUAUUAUAAUACAUGUUAGAUGUGCCAUAAAUGUAAGCUAUAAUAAACGUUAUAUAUCGCGCGACCUUGCAGAUAGUUCGUGUAAUGGAUGGAAACUAUUUAUAACUUGCAUUGUGCAGGUAGUUCGUGUUAGUCACGUGACUUGUAGUAAACUGCGGCAGAACGUAAUAUGGGCACGUUGCGCCAGCAGGGGUCGUGCGCUUCAAUCAUUACGUCAUCCUGUGCAAGGUUUAAUAAAAACUAAAUUGCAAAAAUGAUCAAGUCCUUCAAACAUGCUGACUUCAUAAUUCAAGUCCACGUGGUUGGUUUUUACUCAAUAAACAAUGAGAACCCAUGCAGAACUUAUACAAAUUGACGUUUUCCCUCCGUCCGCGCAGGAUGGUCAUAUGACAGGUAUGCAUUUAAACGAUCACGUGAACGCCACCACGCGAAGCAAGCCCCCAAAGUAGGAACAGCUCGAGUCAAAGGUAACGAAAUAUGAAAUAUGCCGUCACCAAUCCCCGUCACGCGAUUGUUGCCGAAGGACUUUGGGCUCGAGUUUGGCGCAUGCAGCAGCCCACUUACCAAAACUGCGAGUGGAUCGACCUUGCGCGUCCCCACGAGCAGGUUUCACGGUAAGGUCGCCCACAGACUGUGGUCCUCUGUGAUCAACUGGCGUGAACUCCAGACUCUGGAGGCCAUCGGCAGCGGUGGAUUCGGCAAGGUGUUCAAAAGCAAGUAUUUCGGCAAGACCGUCGCCGUGAAGAAAGUGAGGUGCGUGAAGAACAAACUGGCGUCGAGGCAAAGUUUCUGGGCGGAACUCAAUGCCGCGCAUCUGCAACAUAAAAACAUCGUGCGCGUGAUCGCGGCCACCACAUGCGCUCCGGCGCAUCUGAACACCAAAGACAACAUUGGGACGAUUAUAAUGGAGUUCGCGGGCACCCGAAACCUGCAGCAGAUUAUAUACGGACUCACGGAUCAGCUGCCGAUGGACAAGUGCAUUAAGUAUUCAGCAGACAUCGCGUGCGCCCUCCAGCACUUGCACGCGCAGAGCAUAGUGCACCUGGAUUUAAAACCCGCCAACGUGUUGGUAUCGGAGGAGGGUGUUUGCAAGCUGGCAGACUUUGGGUGUUCUAUUAAACUAUCGGGCAAAAGCGACGCGACACACUUGAUGGAAAUCGGCGGUACGUUCACUCAUCGCGCGCCCGAGCUGCUGAAAGGUGAGGAGGUUUCCACGCGCGUGGACGUUUAUUCUUUUGGCAUCACAAUGUGGCAGCUCCUCACCAGAGACCCGCCGUAUGAUGGGGACAGACAGUAUAUACUGUACGCUGUUGUGGCCUAUAAUCUGCGUCCUGCCCUCAGCAAGGAUGUUUUUAUGCAGUCGUCUGCUGGACAGGCAUGUCAGAAUCUGAUCAGCCGGUGUUGGGCGGGGGACGCAAGCAUUCGACCCUCCGCAGACCUACUCGUCACCGAACUCUCUAUGAUCUUUUAAAUGCUCAUUGUUAGGAUUUUCAUUGUUAUAAAUAGAUGAAAUUGUUUAAUCUGAAAUGUCUUUUUAUUAUUGUAAAAUAUAGCUGUUUUGUUUAUUGUUUUUUAUGUCAUCUGUAACACGUUUUAAAAUAAGGUUUAAUUAAAAUGUUUCUGUUAAAAGUU